UAAGUAGAGGAGCAAACACGAGAAGCGAUCGCAACUCGCUACUUCUCUCUCUCUUUCUCAAUCGGAGGAGAUUACGAAGAAGGGUUUGUUUCUAGGGUUUCAAACGCCCCCGCCAAUCCCCAACGGCUCUGUUGUUCAGAGAUCCAGGUUUUGAAAUUGGACUCUCUUUGUCAAGUAUCUCUAGGGUUUCCCCGCUCUCAACCCAUUCAAUCUCUCUUUUCUUUUCGCUUUGAUUUCUCUUUUUAGCUUUGUUUUUCUUGGGUCACUCAAUCUUUCGAUCUAGGGUUUUGUUUUAAUCGAUUCAAUUCGUUAUUUUUGCUUCUAGUUUAGUUUCAUUGAACUCGUUUCUUUAUUGUUUCGAUCUGAGUCGUGGUCGAAGGGGUGUUGAGUUUUUGAGCCAGAAAGCGAACAUUUUAGGGUUUUGAUUGUCUUUGUAUAUGGUUGAGGCUGUGAUCCGAUGUCAUUAAAUUUUGGUAGCUUGGAUUGAAUCAGGGAAUGAUUCGAGGUUAGGUUAUAGUUACCCCAUUUUUUUUUAAUGAAUUUGUGUCAAUUGUAAAAAUUAAAAAAAAAAAAAAUUCUAUAAUUUGACCUUAGUUUGAAGAUUUUCUUUUUGGAAGAGAAGGAAAACCAUAUUGCUUAUUGAUGGGAUAAUGUUUCACGACCUAUAAAUUGAAGAAUUGGGUAUUCUAGUAACUAUGAAAUUUGUCUGAUUCCACACUAAAUCCACCAACCGGAAUUGAAGGAAACAUUUUUGAAGAUAGGCAUCUGACUAUAAAUAAGAAUUAAAAUGUGCAGAAAUUGGGGGUUGAUCUUAUGGCACCAACUGUUCCCAUAGAGUACAUUGGAAGGAGGGAAUCAAAAACUAAAAAAUUGGUUGCGGAUAAGUUGUGCUGUAAUUAUGGGGAAAACUAGGAAGUUUUCCAAGGGACAUUCCUCUGGUUUUGUUCCCGAUAAUGUACAUCGCGUAGAUACUGUUGUUGACACAGAGAUGACUGUUUCAGAGAAUUCAUGUGCCCCUAGACGGAAAUGUAUUAGUCUGAAUGUGGAUUCUUAUGAUCGAAAUGAUAUUCCCUUACAAGUUCUAUCACUGUCAAAGAUGUCAGUGUCUGAGAGGAAGGCUUUAGAACUGAGGUUGAAAAGUGAACUUGAACAAGUUAGGCUUCUUCAGAAGAAAAUUGCUUCUCUGAAUUUAAAUGGUGUAGCUUUGUCGCCCCAUGUAUCCACCUCACAGGGAAAGAAACAGGCUCCUCCUGAUCGAAAUGGGCCACGGACAAAACGAGGGCAUAAUGAGUCGGUGAAGCAGGCUGUGCCACCAAGUACUUCAAAUGCUAUGUUGAUGAAACAGUGCGAGACCUUACUGAAUCGGUUGAUGUCACAUCAGUAUGGGUGGGUUUUCAACACUCCUGUUGAUGUAGUUAAGUUGAAUAUUCCAGAUUACUUCAAUGUUAUAAAGCACCCCAUGGACUUGGGGACAGUGAAAAGUAAGUUAUUACCAGGUGAGUAUUCGAGUCUACUGGGAUUUGCUGCAGAUGUGAGGCUCACUUUCUCAAAUGCCAUGACCUACAACCCACCUGGAAAUCAUGUCCAUUUCAUGGCUGAGACACUCAGUAAAUAUUUUGAAGUGAGAUGGAAAUCGAUUGAGAAGAAGGUUCCUGUUACCAUUGAUGCACCGGUACUUUCAACAUCAAGUGUUUGUAUAGAAACUGUAACUCCUAAACCAAUGCCUCCCUCUAAAAAGAAGAAAAUCACACCAGUAGACAAUAAGGUCAAACAAGAAUCUGUGAAGCGUGUCAUUACCAAUGAAGAGAAGCAUAAACUUAGCACAGAAUUGGAGGCUCUAUUAGCAGAAUUGCCUGAAAGCAUUAUUGACUUCCUAAAAAGGCAAAGUUAUAAUGCAAGUCAAAUUGAUGAAGAUGAGAUUGAGAUUGAUAUUGAUGCUCUAAGUGAUGAUACUUUGUUAACAUUGCGGAAGCUUGUAGAUGACUAUUUGCUGGAUAAACAGAAAAAGCAGGGAAGAGCUGAACCUUGUGAAAUGGAGCUUCUUAAUCACUCAGGUUUCAGCAAUUCAUCAGGGCAACCAUGCAAAGGCAAUGAUCCUGUUGACGAGGAUGUUGACAUUGGUGGGAAUGAUCCUCCUAUCACAAGCUACCCUCCAGUAGAGAUUGAAAAAGAUACAGCCCUUAGAAACAGUAAAUGCGGUAGUUCAAGUAGUGAAUCGGGUUCUUCUUCCAGUGAUUCAGACUCAGGUAGUUCUUCUGGCAAUGAAUCAGAUGGUGCUAGAGCUUCAGUUCCUGCAAUUAGUACAAAGGAUAACUUAGGAUCUGGAGCAAAUAUAGAGCAGAAAAGCAAUGAUCUCAGUGAUCCUGACAUUGGAAAUUAUUCCUUAAAUGGGUUGAACCAAGUUAAGCAGAAUUCCCAGCCAAAAGAGGUUGCCAUUGAGACCGAAGGCUGCCAAGAGGGGGAGAGUGCUCCACCUGGGAGGCAAGUCUCCCCCGACAAGCUCUACCGUGCAGCUUUGUUGAUAGGUCGUUUUGCAGACACCAUUCUUAAAGCUCAAGAAAAGACGCUUGAUAAGGGUGAAAAGCAGGAUCCUGAGAAGCUGCGUCUUGAGAGAGAGGAGCUUGAAAGGCGUAGAAAAGAAGAAAAAGCUCGAUUAGAAGCAGAGGCGAAGGCUGCCGAAGAAGCUCAAAUGAAAGCGGAAGCAGAAGCUGCCGCUGAAGCCAAAAGGAAAAGAGAACUCGAGAGAGAAGCAGCACGCCAGGCUCUGCAAAAGAUGGAAAAGACUGUUGAAAUUAACGAGAACUGUCAGUUUAUGGAGGAUCUGGAAAUGCUUAGGACUGCUGCUGCUACAGAACAUUUACCGAGCUUCGAAGAUGAUGCAAGCCCAGAUAAAACCCUAAAUGUUCUUGAUAGAUUCAAAUUCCGGGGAAAUAGUAAUCCCUUGGAGCAACUUGGUCUGUACAUGAAGGUGGACGAUGAGGACGAAGAAGAAGGUGAGCCCCACAAUGUUCUGGAUGAAGUAAAUGAUGCAGAGGAAGGAGAGAUUGAUUGAUUGGUUUUUGCUCAUGAAUUCAGAUUGUUGAACUCAAAUGCUUGGCAUGCCCAUGGUUCUAGCAUGUUCUCCCUCCCUGUAUUUGUCAGGGAGACGAGUUUUCUUUGGAAGCUUCUAUUUACCAAUGAAAAAUCUCAUCACACCUUUUAUGCGUUUUUAAUACUUGUACUUUAUGGAAAAAAAGGUAUUGUACAUACGAGUGUAAAGAGAUAUUAAUGUCGUGUAAUUGGAAGCUCCCGUUUCUUCUUUCUCGAGUCUAACAAACUUUUGAACUUGAAAA